AUGCCCCUUUCUAUAUCCCAUCCUUUCUUUCUUUUUUCUUUCCUUCUUUACUGCCUCCUUACUUGGUUGGUUGAUUGGUUGGUUGGUUCCUUCCUUCCUUCCUUCCUUCCUUCCUUCCUCCAUUCUGUUUCUCUUUUCUUGAUUCCUCCCUUCCUUCCUUCUCUUACUUCCAUCCUUACUGCCUCCCUUCCUUCCUUGGUUCGUUCGUUCGUUCCUUCCUUUUUUCUUUUGGUUCUUUCUUUCUACCCUUUCUCCCUUCUUUCCUUGAUUCCUCCCUUCCUUCCUUACUCCCUCCUUUCCAUCCUUGGUUUCUUCCUUCUUUACUUCAUUCCUUCUUUACUUCCUUCCUUCUUUACUUUCUUCAUUUUUUUGUCCCUCCCUUCCUUGGCUCCUUUCUUCCUUGGCUCCUUUCUUCCUUGGCUCCUUUCUUCCUUCCUUCCUGCGUUCGUUCCUUCGUUCCUCCCUUCCUUGGCUCCUUUCUUCCUUCGCUCCUUCGUUCCUUCCUGCCUGCCUGCCUGCGUUCGUUCGUUCCUCCCUUCCUUGGCUCCUUUCUUCCUUGGCUCCUUCCUUCCUUCCUUCCUUCCUUCCUUCCUUCCUUCCUUCGUUUGUUCCUUCCUUCCUCUCUUCAUUGGCUCCUUUCUUCCUUCGUUCCUUCCUUCCUUCUUUCCUCCCAUCCUUCGUUCGUUCGUUCGUUUCUUCCUUCGCUCCUUCCUUCCUUUCUUUUUCCCUUCGUUCUUUCUUUCCUUCCUUGGUCCUUCCUCCAUUCCUUACUUGGUUCCUCCCUUCUUUCCUCCAUUCCUUUUCUCUUUUCUUCACCCCCCUUCCUUUCAUCUUCUCUUACUUCCAUCCUUACUACCUCCCUUCCUUCCUUGGUUCGUUCGUUCGCUCCUCCCUCCCCUCCUUACUUGGUUCCUCCCUUCCUUCCUUCUUUCCUCCAUUCUGUUUCUCUUUUCUUGA